AUGUCACAUUUAGUAUCUAAGAUCGAAGCACUUUUGUUAGAAGAGCCAUUGGACAGUCUUUGUGGUGCAUCCGCAGUGUACCUCGCAAUAGAAAACAACAAUUUACCUCCUUUCGAGUAUGUAAGAGAAGUGAUAGAUCGUGCAGUAAAUUCGUCUCUGUUGAAAAUAGAAGGUAUUGAACGAAAAACGAAAGUAUUGGAAGUGUUAUCCCAGGCUGAGAGUGGAUAUAUUAGUGUUCGAGGUCUUAAAGCAUUCAAGGCAUUGAACAUAGAAAAGGAAUUGUAUCCAGAUCGUUCUCGAGAAGAAAUAGACGAGAAUAUUAAUAAAUUAAAAUAUAAACUCGAGGCAACAUCGGAAGCAGAUGUGAGUCUUUACGGGACACUUAGACAAACUCUCGAGAAUGUAGAUGUGUCGAAUCUUACAUGGCGUGAUCCCGAAGCGAGUAUGGUUAUUAGUGACGACUCAUUCAUGGUAAAAAACCUGGGGCGUAGACAGAAGAGUACCUUUUUAGAACCACGAGAAAAUAUGAAAUGUGCUAUACCCGAUUCAGUUACGACAAAGUGUAAUGAAUUUAUAAGUAAUUUUAACAAUUCGAAUAAUUCGUGGGUUAUGAGGAAUACGUCCCAUGAUAAAAUGUGGAAAGAGGAUGAAAUACACUUUUAUCUAACCAUGUCAUGUCGGUGUAUUCUAUGCAUUAGUGGCGAGAUAUGGCAUAAUCCCGCAUUUAUGACUAGCACAUCUCGCAGUGAGCAAAGUGAAGGUACUUAUGUCACUGACGUUAUAAUUCCUUUGCUUCGAUCGAGUUUGGGAGGCGAUAUUGUUUGCUUAAGUACGGCCGAGCGACAGAUGCAGGCAUUAGAACAAGCUAAUACUCAUCCACCCCGAAAUGUUAACCCAAGUCCUACCGUUUCAUCACCACCCUAUAAUUAUUAG